AUGACAUCGCCGCACUCUCGCUCCUAACAUCCACUACCACGUCGCCGGGCCUCGAUCCCAACAACACGCUACAGAGCCCGUCGCCUGGGAUCUCGAUGAAGUUGCCCAUUGAACGGACGGAAUGAUUCCCUGACAGGGCCCUGAUCACCCACCUCGAGUCCUCCAGCACCACCCUGCCGCUGACUUCCAUCCUCCCAUUCCCUCUCAUCGCAUCGCAUCUGGCCUCUGGCUUGGCCGCGCAAACCCAACUUUCCAUGACAUGACUCCCAAGACUAUCCGCGCGCCAGUUGGCCCCCUGGAGACGUCAAGCGACCUGGAUCUCCUUGCUGGGCUGUGGCAGGAGGCCCCUUUCGCUCGACUACCUCCCGACGCGCCUACCGAGCUUGAUGCCUAUGUCCAGGACAUCGAAAACCCAAGCCGAGUCUACGCCAUCCACCGAGCCAGCCGCCGCAACGAUUUCCAACUACUGGUUGAGAGGUACAUUGCCCAGCUGCGAAUUGGCUGUGGUCAGCCCAACUGCACGACGCCGACAUGUUUCACUUCUCGAAGACGCUUGGCAGGCAGAGCACCGAUCCGACGAUACAAUACCACGAGCGCCAGGACCCUGGCGGUAUAUUUGGCGAGCCAAGAUAACCCCGAGGAUGGAUUAUGUCCGAACCUUGGCAAGCAGAAGGAGUUGCCUGCUGCACCCAACAACCUGAUAUUCUCUGCCCGACCCCCUUCACCAUCUCACCCGGAAUUCAAGAAGGUUAACUUCAAGUCAUCACCCGCCCGACGGAGGGACAGUGGCGCCGAUGAUGAACGACAACGCCAUCCGACGACCUCCGAACAAACAGCAGGACAAAAAACGCCAGACUCUCCAACAACUGUGACCUCGAAAGACUCGGGCUAUGGUUCCCAGCGAUCGUUUCAGCUUGAUGACACCCUCCCGGGCUCCUACGCUCGUGUGGUUGAGGGACCUACCAACAAAGAUCACCGCUCAUUUGCUGCUAAUCUGUUCGACACUGUAGCCUUCAAAAUGCUUGAGUGGCUGACGCCACGAGGCAUUGAAGCCAUGUCGCAACAAAUGUCGGAAAUCCAUAGUAACGACCAACAAGGGAUGUCUCUGCAAUCUGAUCUCGAUCAGAAACUCUCCAUCAACUCAAGCCAGCUUCAGGCCUCUCGGGAAUCUCGAACGCCACAGUCCGACUCGCAAGCCAGCGCUCGGGAAGCCGACGCCAAAGUGAAGCGGCCACAAAGCCACGUCGAAGGUGCCACAGAAGAAAACUCACAGUCUGAGACAUCCAAUGCCAAUAAACCAAAGUCCCGACGCUGCUCGUUACCAAAGACACGAACACCUUCGACAUCAAAACCAAGGAGGGCAACUUCUUUAGAGCCGUUUCCGCCAUCCGCGGGUUCAGAUGAUGCAAAAUCGACUAUCCUAUCUCCUCGAUUCAAUAGCUUUCAUGAAAAGCCCACACGACAGAAGACCACCCCUACCGUAACUGGACGAGGGAUCCCUGAGAUGCCAAUUAAACCAGCUUUCUUUGAGAAUGUUCCAUCCCCAACGCCACAACCCGUUCAAAAGCUGAAGUUAGUUCCGGUCCUACCGGAGGACCCUUGCGAAAGGGACGUCCCCGAAAUGCGAACUGCAACUCCGCCGAGACAGCUGUUGACUGGGCCGCACCCUCGAGAAGAGUCGGAGAAACGAAAGGUCGAAAUCCCAGCCUCUUGGUUACACAACGCAUUACCGCAAGCACUCUCACGACUAGAUGUGGACACCGUUGAGUUCAUGUGCAACGUGCUCCAGGAAGACGGCACCUGUGAAGACCAACUGGUUGUUCCAGGAGAUUUGGGUGGCUCAUAUCCCAAAACUCGGAAUCCCUCAAAGCCUCUAGCGAGACGGACCUCAAACGUCACUAAAUCCUCUAAGAAGGAGUGGAAGGAAUUCAUACAGCAAACGAUGUUCAACGUGCUUGGGAAUCCACAAGCCACCAUCGAGUCAUUUUCUCGUGAUGGCGAGCCGUUCGAUUCCCAAACACUUUGGUACUGUCUGCAUCGCCUAAGUCGUGUGGCUCCAAGUUUGGUGUUUCACAGCUUAUGGAUUGCUGCUGGACGCCUCUUUGUUCCUCCGCCAGGUCUGCAAACGUCCCGAUCGGCCCAGUCGAAGGGUAACACUCGAUCUCAGACUAGACUUACCGACGCCGAGGCAGGGCAGUUCAUGUCUAUCUGCAUGCAUGCACUAGUUGCGGCGACACCAAUGGUACCGGAUUCAAGGACAUUAUACGAGAUGUCGCGUAUUCGUGCCAACGGACUGACUCUGUCUGGCGGCAUCUCAGUCGCUCGACAACCUGCCUCCCGUUGCCUCGACUAUGAUGACGCCUUCUCGAACGAGGUCGCAGUCAGAUUGGCGCGUAGACUGUUCUGCGCUAUCACCGCUCGUCGCUGUUUCACUGACAUGGCAGGUCGUGGUGCCAACGCCGACGAUCGAGACUCGGGCGUUGAUGUCUUAGGGCCCUUGGUUCAUGAACUGGACUUCCUCAGUUCCGGCUCCGCCCCAGUCCUUGAGUUUGCGCAGUCGGAGCGUCUCCUGCACGAAACUCGGGUCCCCACUGUGCUCAUGGACUGGGCUCGUACUAUCCUCCUCAACGAAUGGGAUGGACGUUCUGAUUUCUCAAUGGAUGGCUCCUUCGGUGGAGCGUUGUCCUUCAUCGAGACAAUGCACGAGAACAGAAACGUAUUACUCUUAGGAGAUAUCCAGUUUCGAGUAGAUUAUCUGUCCGAUCGUCUCGACUCUAUUGAGAUGCCCGUCGAUUGGUUGACCUUUACAUCUACGCGAUGGCGACGGCACAUCCUAGACUACCCUUACAUAUUUAGCCCGGAAACGUUGGUUUCAUUCUUCCGGUCGAUCAAUUUUGCGAGAAUGAGCCGAAUGUUUGAAGAGUCCAGCUCGCUCAAGACCCGAAUGAGUGCCAUUGUUGACCCUGGGAGUCUAAUCACAAAUCCCCACCACAAGAUGGUGCUGCAAGAUUUACUACAGACAGCAUCUUCCAAAUAUUUAAUCUUGGAGAUUACCCGACAACAUGUUGUUCGAGAUGCUUUCGAUCAACUUUGGAGGCGUGAGGAGCGAGAGCUUCUGCGUCCAUUGAAGGUUCACCUAGGUGAGGAGGGUGGUGAAGAAGGAUUCGACUCUGGCGGUGUCCAACAGGAAUUCUUCCGACUAGCCAUCGCCGAGUGCCUUGAUCCCCGAUAUGGGGCUUUCACGGUUGACGAGAGGACUCGCAUGGUUUGGUUUGCGCCUGGGUCCCUGACAGAGGAAUGGAAGUUUGAACUUGUUGGCCUCCUGAUGUCUCUCGCCCUCUACAACGGGCUGACACUCCCAAUCACGUUUCCAAAGGCUCUGUACCGAAAAUUACUUGGGAAGCCCGUCGAGGAGCUCCACCAUAUCGCUGAUGGCUGGCCAGAGUUGGCAAGCGGACUAACGACUCUAUUAGAAUGGGAUGAGGAGGAUGGGCUAGUGGAGGAUGUCUUCGCCCGAACAUACGAAUUUUCCGUUGCUGCCUUGGGUACAAACAUCACACGAGAAAUGAGCUCUGAUAGCUCAGUAUGGCCAAGUGCCGCCACGACCUCAGAAGACGUGGCUCCCCCGCAUGCAGCGAACCCGAGCGAUGCACCAAUGGUCACAAACGACAACCGAGAUGAAUAUGUGACCAACUACGUUCGCUAUCUCACAGAUGUCUCCAUCCGCCCUCAAUAUCUGGCAUUCGAACGAGGUUUUCAUGCUUGUCUAGACAAGAAAUCACUGUCGCUACUCACCCCUCCCACCUUGCAAGCACUCGCCGAAGGUGUCCAAGACAUCGACAUUCCAGAACUCCGGAGAUACGCGCGGUAUGUGGGGUGGGAUUCUUCUCACCACACAGUUCGCGAUUUCUGGUCGAUCGUCAAGAGAUACGACGAUAGAAUGAAGCGCAGACUGCUGGAAUUUGUGACAUCUUCCGACCGUGUACCGGUUGGGGGAAUGAAGAACCUCCAAUUCGUCAUCCAAAAGAAUGGGGAAGAAGAAGGAGACGCGGGCCACUUGCCGACGGCAUACACUUGCUACGGGACGUUGUUGCUGCCGGAAUAUAGAGAUAAAGAGGUGCUCAGGGAGAGGCUGGGAAUGGCAUUGGAAAAUGCGCAAGGAUUCGGUUUUGCUUAAUGCGGCGACUACUGGGAGCCAGGGAAUGGACUUGCAGCGACCUAUUAAUGAAUAACCCUGGGACAGGGCGCUUGUAUGCAUGCACUGUAUUUGGUAUUGAGACGCAUGAGCCGUAAGGUCGGCGUAAACUGGUAGAGGCGUCUAGCGUAGCUUGGGAAUGAAUCAAUCGGAGUCUUUUU